GCUGGGGAUGAUGGGUGCAGGGUUUGGAAAACAGUGGAUUUGGGAGCCGGGAGAAAGAAAUUUCAGCAUAAUUUCUAUUUAAAUGUCUGUAUUUUUCAUUAUCCAGUUUUCCAUUCCACAUCACGAGAUGCGCGGCUUGUGCCGCCAGAGGGCGCCGGUACGGACUCUAAGACUUUGAGGCUAACGAGUCUUCUUUUCCCGAGUGGCCGAUUCGCCACGGUUGGCCUUUCGCAAGGGGGGGGGAUUUGGUUUGUUUUACUUGUUAAAAAGACCCACCCUGAAUUUAAAAAGCAACCUUCGUCAUCGCCAGGCCCGGAAAAAAAUCCCCCUUCUAUUGGAAAACCCCUUUCUUGACGAAUCCGCCGGUCUGGAAACGAAAUUAGAUCCCUCGCCGAGGCUUCCUGCACGGGGAGUAAUCUAGGUGAGAUGUUCAUCUAUCAUUGCUGGUCCGUAUGAUAUGCCAUGAGCUGAAUAAUUUCCCUCCAGCUAUGAACGAGUGGGUGCCCAUCGCUAAAGAGUACGACCCACUGAAAGCCGGAAGCAUCGAUGGCACCGACGAAGAGCCUCACGACCGGGCGGUCUGGAGAGCCAUGUCGGCCCGCUACGUCCCCAACAAAGAUGUUUCCGGAGACCCCCACCUAACCCUCUUCGUCGCCCGGCUCAACCUACAAACGACGGAAGAGAAGUUAAGAGAGGUCUUCUCCCGAUACGGAGAGAUUCGGAAAAUCCGUCUGGUUCGGGACUUGGUUACUGGUUUUUCUAAAGGCUACGCUUUCCUUGAGUAUAAAGAGGAACGGGCGCUCCUGAAAGCCCACCGUGAUGCCAACAAGCUGAUCAUUGACCAGCGGGAAAUCUUUGUCGACUUUGAGCUGGAAAGGACUCUCAAAGGUUGGAUCCCUCGCCGGCUGGGAGGCGGGUUUGGCGGCAAAAAGGAGUCGGGUCAGCUGCGGUUUGGAGGCCGAGACAGACCCUUCAGGAAGCCCAUCAACUUGCCUGCUAUGAAAAAUGAUUUUUAUGGUGAAGGAUCUGCGGGAAAAAGAGAGCGGGCUUGGUCCCGGGGAGGGCCGAGGGACUGGAAGACCGGAGAACGAGAUUACGAAAGGAGCCGAGAGUCUCGGCAAGCUGAACGGGAAAGAUCCUGGGGAUACGGCAAGAGCGAAAGAGACCUGGAACAUCGAGGGAGGGAAGACCGAGGCAGAGCCCCAGAGAGGAGGGAGCGAGAGAGGAAAGACCGGAAUCGCGAGGCCAAGGAGAGCAAGGGGUGAAGGCUGCCACUGAUGGGAUCAUUUCCUUCAAAUGCUGCUCGGUUGAAGGAGAUCAUCAGAAGUGUAGAUCUGACUUCCAAGACAAGCCGGAUGGUUGUCUGGAUCAGCACAGACAUUGUGGGUGGGAGCAGCAACUUCCCAGCUGGAGAAGAGUGAAAAUUGUACCAAGGGCUCCCAUCCCUUGAUAGUUGUGUCCAUGUCUUAUUCCAGGAUCUGCUGGACGAUGGGUUCCAAAUUCCCAACAAUGACAUUAUCUCCUGAUACAUUUGAAGUGCCAAAAAGGAGAGAGCUGGUUUAGGAUUCCCACCCCCGUUCCACACCCUUUAAUUCUUGAAAAAGAUCUGGAUUAAUGUAAGGCCUUAAUUCUGCCAGUAAACAGCUCCAUCAAGGCAGAAGGAUAGCUAUCACCCUAAAAAGUGAGGUAGGAUUGAAUUGUAUAUAUGGGAUUUGAGGGACUUCAACCAAACGCUGUUUACGAGUCAGUGAAAUCACCCGGAGGCCUCUUGUUAAUUCAGAAAUAGUUUAUUUAGCAUAUUAAAAAGAGUUCUACAGUUCGAUAUUGAUCUUUAUACUAGUCCCAGCCAAACCUUGUUUAUUGCCUUUAACUAUCUAACACCCUGAAUCUUGAAUAAAAAUUAAGAAUCUCUUUGC